AUGUCGUCCUCCUCAGAUCAAGCGAUCCUAGCCAGACUCCAAGCGCUCGAAGAUAAAGAAGCAAUCCGAUCAGUUCUCAACCAAUAUUGUAUCAAACCUGAUCAGUACGAUUUCGAUGGCUAUGCAGAGCUCUAUGUGGAAGACGGAACCAUGGGUUUCGAGUCAUGGGGGAACGUCACUGGCCGAAAGGCAAUCUCAGCAGCUUGUGCAAAGGAGAGUGUUUAUGAAGGCCUGCUUCAUAUCAUGACGAACAUGGAAAUUACCCUCGAGGGUCCUGACACUGCUAGUGCAUCGGCCAGAGUCUGGUUCUGUGCGACACCAAGUGUCUCCGAGCUUGAGCAACACUAUGCUUUUGGAGGCCCGUACAAAUUCACCUUUGUAAAGCGUCAUGACGGCUGGAAAAUUAAGACGAUGAACCUGAAGAAGACCUGGUCUUCUGGGAAAGACACGAAAGGCGUCUUCCAAGUCUAG